CUUAGUACAGUGCCCUGCACGCUGUAAGCGCUCAAUCAAUAUGAUUGAUUGAUUGAUUGAUUCCCCGCCGGAGCCGGAGGGCGCUGCGAUGUGGCCGGGACCGGGGCCCAGCCAGCGGGGGAUGCCACCCGCCACUGACGGACGCCCGUCCAGAGUAUGAGCUCAAGCAAGAACCCGCGGUGCAACCGCUUCCCCGGCAGCAGCCCGGCCGGACUCCCAGCCACGGAAAACUCCAACGGGACCAGAAUGGAAACCACCUUCGGGCCCACGUUCACCGCCGUCACCACCGUCACGAAAGCGGAUGGAAGCAACACUUACAAGCAGCACCGGCGAACGCCCUCCUCCUCGAGCACACUCACCUUCUCCCCGCGGGAGGAAGAGGACGGAAUGCCCCCGAUGAGCGGACCCCGACUGUCUGACUCGGCCAUCUCCGUCCGUUCGCUGCACUCCGAGUCCAGUAUGUCCCUGCGCUCGACGUUCUCUCUCCACGAGGAGGAGGAGGAGCCGGAGCCCUUGGUGUUUGCCGAGCAACCAUCUGUGAAGCUGUGUUGUCAGCUGUGCUGUAGUGUGUUUAAGGACCCCGUGAUCACCAUCUGUGGGCACACGUUCUGUCGGAGAUGUGCCUUAAAAUCUGAGAAGUGCCCCGUGGACAAUGCCAAGCUGACCGUGGUGGUCAAUAACAUCGCGGUUGCGGAGCAGAUCGGGGAGCUGUUCAUCCACUGCAAGUACGGUUGCCGCCCGGCCACCACAGGCAAACCCUCCGCGGCCUUCGAGGUGGACCCUCGGGGCUGCCCGUUCACCAUCAAACUCAGCGCCCGCAAAGACCAUGAGGGCAGCUGUGACUACCGCCCUGUGCGUUGCCCCAACAACCCUAGCUGCCCCCCACUCCUCAAGAUGAACCUGGACGCCCAUUUGAAGGAGUGUGAGCACAUCAAGUGUCCUCACUCCAAAUACGGGUGUGUGUUCAUAGGUAACCAAGACACCUACGAGACGCACCUGGAGGUGUGCAAGUUCGAGGGCCUGAAAGAUUUCCUGCAGCAGACGGACGAUCGGUUCCACGAAAUGCAAGUGGCCCUGGCUCAGAAGGACCAGGAGAUUGCCUUCCUGCGCUCCAUGCUUGGCAAGCUGUCCGAGAAGAUCGACCAGCUCGAGAAGAACUUGGAGCUCAAGUUUGAUGUGCUGGAUGAGAACCAGAGCAAACUCAGCGAGGAUCUCAUGGAGUUCCGGAGGGAUGCAUCUAUGCUCAACGAUGAGCUGUCACACAUCAAUGCCCGCCUGAACAUGGGGAUCCUGGGAUCCUACGACCCGCAGCAGAUCUUCAAGUGCAAGGGCACCUUCGUGGGCCACCAGGGCCCAGUCUGGUGCCUGUGUGUCUGCUCCAUGGGAGACCUGCUGUUCAGCGGCUCCUCCGACAAGACCAUCAAGGUCUGGGACACCUGUACCACAUACAAGUGCCAGAAGACUCUGGAGGGGCACGACGGCAUCGUGCUGGCCCUGUGUAUCCAGGGGUGCAAGCUUUACAGCGGGUCUGCGGAUUGCACCAUCAUUGUUUGGGACAUCCAGAACCUGCAGAAGGUCAACACGAUCCGAGCUCACGACAAUCCCGUUUGCACCCUGGUCUCCUCCCACAACCUGCUCUUCAGCGGCUCCCUCAAAGCCAUCAAGGUGUGGGACAUCGUGGGGACCGAGCUGAAGCUGAAGAAGGAGCUGACGGGCCUGAAUCACUGGGUGCGAGCCCUGGUGGCCUCCCAGAACCACCUCUACAGUGGCUCCUACCAGACAAUCAAGAUCUGGGAUAUGCGGACCCUGGAGUGCGUCCACGUGCUGCAGACGUCGGGAGGGAGCGUCUACUCCAUCGCCGUCACCAACCACCACAUCGUCUGCGGCACCUACGAGAACCUCAUUCAUGUGUGGGACAUCGACUCGAAAGAGCAGGUGCGGACGCUGACGGGCCACGUAGGCACUGUGUAUGCCCUGGCGGUCAUCUCCACGCCGGACCAGACCAAAGUCUUCAGCGCCUCGUACGACCGGUCCCUCAGGGUCUGGAGCAUGGACAACAUGAUCUGCACCCAGACACUCCUGCGCCACCAAGGCAGCGUCACGGCCCUGGCCGUCUCCCGCGGACGGCUCUUUUCUGGGGCCGUGGACAGCACCGUCAAGGUCUGGACCUGCUGAGGAGCGAGGCCAGGCUGGCACCUUGUACCCACCCACCCACCAAACUCUGCCACCAUGGGCCUGGCCACCACCCACCCACCUGCUGCAGCUUGGGUGGCUC